AUGUUCACGAAAACUGUUGUAUUUUUCUGUUUACAGAGCUUGUUUAUACAGGGUCUCUCGGCUCAAUGUAUUGGAGCAUACAACGGCCUGUCUUCUAAUGCCUUGUCCUGGGAGAACAGCAUGAACUGGCCGGGAAGUGCGAUGUCCUGGGAGGCUGGUGUUCCUUACGGAGCCGCACCUUGUGCUGCUUCCUACUCCGCCGCGUCUCUGGCUGCUGCUCCGUUUGCCGCUGAGUGGGCCGCUGGUUACUCGCCGGCAUCUCUCGCUGCCUCUAACGGCGGUGGGCUCGCCAUAAACAGUUUCUCCCCCAUGGCUCCUACUGGCGUGUCAAUGAACUCUGAGAACAUGUACGAAGGACCGCUGGCUGUGUCCGGCGCGGUUCCAUUCCUUGGCGCUGUGGCGUUAGAAGGAAACCUACCAACAGGGGGAGCGGGCGCUGUAGCGUACGGUAGUGGCAAUGGAAACGUAGCCAUGUUGAGUGAAGACUAUGCUGGCGCGGGUUACGGGGCUGGCUUGGCUGGAGCAGCUUAUGGUUAUAAUGGUCUCGCUGGACCACUGGCUUUGGAAGCUGGCAACCUUGGAGCAGCUUAUGGUUACAACAACUACAAUGGAGCUAGAUUUGGAGGUUGUGGCUGCGGUGCCAUCUACUAA